AUGUACUCCUAUCAUCAUCCCCCUCCCCCGCCUCCGGGGAGUUGGCCUCAGCAAUGGGCGCAACCUCCUCCACCGCAGCAAUACAGCCAAUAUCCUCCGGGACAUUAUCCUCCACCAAACAACUAUCCUCCUCCUGGGGGCUAUCCUCCACCAAACAACUAUCCUCCGGGGGCUUAUCCUCCCCCUCAGCAUCAUCCCUCUCCGGUCCCGUCAUACGGCACACCGCCACUCCCUCAACGGCCGCACUCGGGCCAAACCCAUUCAAGGAAUUACUCCUCAAGUAGGCCCGCCGACCCAUCGCGCACUGAAAAGCACAGGCGCCGGCUAACCAAGACAGACCCGUCAUGGAGCCCCAGCCCGGGCCCCAAUCUCCCGCCCCGCCCGCCCAUGGGCGCCCAGCACUUCGGGCACGGCGCGCCAUCCAGCUACCGAUUCCAGUACUCGGCCUGUACCGGGCGACGGAAGGCUCUGCUAAUCGGGAUCAACUACUUUGGCCAGCCGAACCAGCUCCAGGGGUGCAUCAAUGAUGUGACGAACGUGUCAUCGUUCUUGCACGAGCGCAAGGGCUAUCGCAGAGAGGACAUGGUGAUUCUGACUGACGACCAGAAGAACCCGAAGAGUUUGCCCACCAAGUCGAACAUUAUCCGGGCCAUGCAAUGGCUGGUGCAUGAAGCGCAGCCGAACGACUCGCUUUUUAUUCAUUUUUCAGGACACGGCGGACGGACGCCUGAUCUCGACGGUGACGAAGAAGAUGGUUUUGACGACGUGAUCUACCCGGUGGAUUACCGGACAGCAGGACACAUUGUCGACGACGAAAUGCACGACAUCAUGGUCCGCCCUCUCCAACCCGGGGUGCGCUUAACAGCCGUCUUCGACUCCUGCCACUCCGGCACUGCACUCGACCUUCCAUACAUCUACUCAACACAGGGCAUCCUGAAAGAGCCCAACCUCGCCAAAGAAGCCGCCUCGGACCUCUUCUCGGCCUUCACCUCCUACAGCCGCGGCGACCUCGGCGGCGUCGCCCAGACAGCCAUCGGCUUCUUCAAGAAAGCCGCCCUGGGCGACUCAGCACGACAGCGCACCGUCCGCACCAAGACCUCGCCCGCAGACGUGGUCAUGUUCUCGGGCUCAAAGGACACCCAGACUUCGUAUGUCCACCAUGCCAUCCAUACCCUUGUUUCUUUUCUUUUCUUUUCUUUUCUUUUUUUUUUUUUUUCGAAAUACAACUAA